CCACUACACCACGCAAGCAUCCGCAUCGAUGGUGCAUUAGACCUUUGAUCGAAACUAACAUCAGCCGUAUAAUGCAAUGGCAGAUCCCUACGAAGCCGACUUUUGCGGUGACCGGCUACGCUUGUCAGCCUUUCUUCGCGUUGUGGGUGACGGCAUGCCGCAGCGGCCAACACGGUUCAAGCGCCGCCUACGACAUAGUCACCACUUUUCUGAAGGUUUGGGCCAGGAUUACAGCGAUCGCAAUGGCGAACGAGCGAAUCCAACUCAGAAGUCCACGCGUGAAGGGCACUCGAACGAUAAAUUUAUCAUUGAAGCCUCGCGCUCGUCAAAGCCAAAACUAAACACACUCAGAUCAGAACAUCGUCCGCAGGCACCUGCACUCAACAAUGGAAACGAACAUACUCGCGGCCGACUCGAGGAUUCUCAGCCCACAGACACAGAGGAGCAGGCAGUGAAACUGACAUCAAUCACAGCGGUUACAAGGUCACCUACGAAGCCUCAUACGGUCCCACAAAUUCGGAAUAGGCGCCGGCUGCCUGUGAACCAACUCGCUCUGCUGCGGACCACGUCCUCAGACGGUCUGCCCCAGCCGAGCACAUAUCAUGUUCCCGCGAUGCCUGUAGCUGCCACUGAAGCGAUCGAAGAUAGCCAGGUACAGGCUCUGUCCCGUGUGCCGUCCAAGAGAAAGGCUCCUGAGCGGCCAUUAACCCAACGUGUCCAGAAGCCAGCACCUACUACAAAUGCAAUUGCCCCCGCUCAGAUGUUCCGAGGACCAUUCACUCAAUUUCGUUUUGCACAACUCAGCGGAGCACACAGCCGAAGGUCCAGUAUUGCUACGUGCUCAGAUGGUUUCGUUGGUGAGGAGCUCAGUGUACAAGUCACGAAGAGACCUCUCACGCCGCAAAACAGCAGUGCCGGUCGAACAAAGAGAGUUGCACUGAACCGUAGGGGUCUUUUCUUGUCGCAAGGAAGCCUACCAGAACCUUCUCUAGGGCCAUCUGGAGACACCGUAAUGAUGGAGGAUUGGCCUACGAACACUGAAGUUCGCAUGUCAGCCCGAACACCAUCAUGUACUGAAGAGGCUUUGCACUGUCUAUGACCUCAAUCUGGUCUAGUUGCAACUUCAGGGGAGUACAAACGCGAAAAUGCAGGCAAUGGCCCCUCGGCGGCAAGGAUUUUGUCCGUCC